CCACAUACCCCACAACAUGGAACAAACAUUCCAACUCAAUGGCAUGAAAGAGCAAGUAACAUGCAUCCCGGAUGCUGUUGGUUAGCGGUACCGAUCCUCAUCAUCACUCUUCAUCCAUCAGAGAUGAGGCACUUCGGAGACACGCACUACGCACCAGUUGAGGAGUCUGCCUUCUACAAACGCAGCUUAGCCAGGCAUCAUCACCGACAUAAACACAAACAUGAAGAAUUGGAUCCAACAUUCUUCGCCGAUCGGCCAAUAUACGUCAACUUGAAAGACGGGAUGACGUUCAUCGAUAGAGACUUCGGUGAACCGUCAAAGGUUGGUAAAGAUUGGAUCAAUAUGUCGAAUGAUCAGGUCGGUGAGUUGAAAGAUAAGAAGCACCAACAUUGGCCGAUAAAACGUGAAGCUGUUAUAGAAGGAGAUUUGGUUUUGGGAGGUUUGAUGAUGGUGCACGAAAGAUCUGACAAUAUGACGUGCGGUCCUGUAAUGCCUCAAGGAGGAGUCCAGGCUUUGGAGACAAUGCUGUAUACGCUAGAUUAUAUUAACAAUAAACUGAAACUGAUACCAGGAGUGGUCCUUGGAGCUCAUAUUCUAGACGACUGUGAUAAGGAUACUUAUGGGUUGGAAAUGGCCGUUGAUUUUAUAAAAGGUUCUAUUAGCAACAUCGAUGAUGCCGAAUAUGCUUGCAACGCUACAGCUGUCCGCAAGGUGAUAUCUGGCGUGGUAGGAGCGGCGUCAAGUGUUACAUCAGUGCAAGUGGCAAACCUGCUGCGACUUUUCAAGAUUCCACAGGUGUCUUUCUUCUCCACAUCCCCUGAGCUGUCCAACAAGGCUCGCUUCGAGUACUUCACACGGACAAUACCAUCAGACCUCCACCAGGUUCGAGCGAUGGUGGAAAUUGUAAAGAAACUGGGAUGGAGUUACGUGUCCAUCAUUUACGAAGAGUCAAGUUAUGGCAUCAAGGCUUUCGAAGAACUGGAGGCGUUGUUGGCAAGAAAUGGAAUUUGCAUCGCUGUUAAAGAGAAGUUGGUGAAAGAUUCCGGUGUGGCUGAUGAAAGGGCUUACGACGAGAUUGUACAAAAACUGCUGACUAAGCCACGCGCUAGAGGAGCCAUAAUCUUCGGCUCAGACCAGGAAGUAGCUGGAGUGAUGCGGGCAGUGGAACGAGGGAACGCUACCAGCUCCUUCAGCUGGGUGGGAUCCGAUGGCUGGAGCGCCAGGUCUUUGGUCUCCGAGGGGAAUGAGAGGGCAGUGGAGGGAACCAUCAGCGUGCAGCCUCAAGCCAACGACGUGAAAGGAUUCAAGGAGUAUUUUUUGGGCUUGAACGUGAAGAAUAACAAAAGGAAUCCUUGGUUUGUUGAGUUUUGGGAGGACCACUUCCAAUGCCGCUACCCUGGCAGUCCACGCACUCCGUACAACGGCCAGUACUCACACACCUGCUCCGGUCUAGAAAGACUUACUGACAAUAACACGGAGUUCGAGAGGCAACUGCAGUUCGUCUCGGAUGCGGUUAUGGCGUUUGCUUACGCGAUACGGGACAUGCAUGGCGCUGUGUGUGCGGGCCGGCCCGGCCUGUGCGAUGCGAUGCGACCCGCCAGUGGCGCCGACCUCCUCAGAUACCUUAGGAAAGUCAACUUUAUUGGACUCAGCGAGGACGAGUUCCACUUCGACAGCAACGGCGACGGACCAGCUCGAUACAACAUCCUGCACUUCAAGCAGGUGACCCGCGGCGUGUACCGUUGGGAGAAUGUGGGACAGUAUCUGGAUGGGGAGCUACAGCUUAACCUUGAUAAAAUACAGUUUAAAUGGGGGGAGCGGCGUCCUCCCGAAUCGGUCUGUAGUGCGGAGUGCGAGCUGGGACAGGCCAAGCAGUACGUAGAAGGAGAAAGCUGCUGUUGGCACUGCUUUAACUGCACGCAAUACGAGAUAAGAUCUCCGUACGUAGAGACCGCGUGUAUGGUGUGUCCACGGGGAACACUUCCUGACCCAACUAGGACUCAGUGCCGCCAAAUCCCUGAAGCCUAUUUGAGACCAGAUUCUGCCUGGGCUAUUGGAGCUAUGUCGUUCUCUUCUGUUGGCAUUUUACUAACCGCGUUCGUCUGCGGAGUCUGGGUGCGUCAUAGUUCCACUCCUGUUGUGCGUGCGAGUGGAAGAGAGCUAUCUUACGUCCUACUCGCCGGCAUACUCAUGUGCUACUUGGUAACCUUUGCGUUGGUCUUCAGGCCUACUGAUAUCCUGUGCUCCAUACAGAGAUUCGGCACCGGUUUCUGCUUCACUGUGGUAUACGCUGCUCUCCUCACGAAGACCAACAGAAUCUCCCGGAUCUUCAACGCCAGCAAGCACUCGGCUAAGCGCCCAAUACUCAUAUCACCGAGCUCGCAGCUCGCUAUCUGCGCUGCGCUGGUUUCCAUACAGGUCCUGAUCGUGGUAGUAUGGAUGAUAGUAGCACCAGCUCGCGCCAUGUUCCACUACCCCACCAGGGAGGACAACAUGCUGGUGUGCGACUCUUACGUGGACGCGUCCUAUAUGAUCGCAUUUUUCUAUCCAAUCGUGCUGAUCCUAGUGUGCACCGUGUAUGCUGUGCUGACCAGGAAGAUUCCGGAGGCUUUUAACGAGAGCAAACAUAUUGGCUUCACGAUGUACACGACGUGUGUGAUCUGGCUCGCGUUCGUGCCGCUGUACUUCGGCACCGCCAGCCACGUCCCGCUGCGCGUCACCAGCAUGGCAGUCACCAUCUCGCUCAGCGCCAGCGUCACGCUCAUCUGCUUAUUCUCACCCAAGCUGUACAUAAUCCUGAUCCGUCCGGAGCGGAACGUGCGCCAGAGCAUCAUGCCGGUGCGGUACAGCCGCAAACCGCCGCCGACGCACGCCGUCACCACACAGAACAAGAAACCACCAUGCGCAGACAAAGAAACCCAGACCGAUCCAGCAGACUUCAAACUUUCAAAUGGACGGGUCGUUGAAGCAGAGAAGGAGAAACCAAAAGAGAAAGCAAAAGACGAGAAACAAGAAACGAAACCCGCUCCCAACAACAUCAACGAUGCUUCCAUUCCAGCAGUUAAAGAGAGGAACGUAACUUUAUAGCAAAGAUUUUCUUCCAAAUCUCUCAAUGAGGCAAACGUGAGAGAUAAAAUUGUUUUAAAGAAGAAGAGUUGCUCAUGCAGGAUGAAAGAACGGAAACCAGUUAUAGUGUAAUGUAUACAUUUACCGUAUUUUUAUAGAACUUGCAGAUUGUGUGAAAUUAUGAAUUACCUGUUGGGUAACUUUUGAAUUAUUCAGGAGAAGUAAAUAAUAAGAAUUCACCUGAGUCAAAAUCAUGGGGAAAUAUUUUGUUGUAACCGCAAGUUCUAUCAAAAAACACUGUUGGGUAGACCGCUUUCGAUGUACAUAUUUAUCAUUGUAGCCAUCGCUUGCCAAAUGUCUGACAUAGUCGUGUACAUAUCGAAGUACAUAUUAAAUGACUUCCUGACGAUAUUUUUCUUCAAUAUAGUUUAAGGGGAGAAAUUUCGUAUGGAACAAGGAAGGCUGAAGAUUUUAACGAUUUUAAAAAUAAUAAUCGUAGUCGAAUAUUAAAGGACUGUGAUUUAAAUUUUUUCUGUAUAUAAAUUUGUAUAUAAUUCCCAUCAUAUCCUUAUGUAUAUAUUAAUCUUGUAUAUACACAUACGAAUGAAGACGUAUAGUGAUCUUUAUUGUACAUAGGAAUUUGGACUUAAGGCAUAAGAUUUAAGGUUGACUUUGAUAUACCUAUCAUAAUCUAAUAUCAUGUAUUUUAGUUUAAGGUAAACAUUUUCAGGGUAGAGCUUUGAGCCAGGACAUUGGGGACAUAAACGUUAAAAAAUAUUUUAUUUGAGACAAUUUAAAUUCUCAGAUACAGUAACAAUAAGAUUUUUGCCUGUAUAGUUAACAGCUUUCGCCUUGUGCGAUCUUGAUAUUUUUAAAUUGCGUAGCGCAAUGGCGAUUAGGAAGCUUUAACUAGAUUAAAUAAGUAAUAGAACCAUUAUUUAAAAGGCUUUUCGCAGUAUAUUAUCUAUGUAAAAAUUUAAUUAAUUAAUUAUAAUCAUGAAGCAUAGAUAUAGUGAUCCUUAUAAAACGCAAAAUCUAUGAAUGUCUGCAAUGAAGCUGUUAAAUCAUUUUAUUGUUUCAUAGAUUUUAGGUGUUAUAAAAGUUGUUUGUUUAGAAUAGCAGACAGAUAUUUAUAGAUUUUGGAUUUUUUUUAAUUCUAAUAAAUUUAGAGAUAAUGUUAAAUAUUAUUUAAACUGUCUCCAUUGUCUUGCUCUCCCUGUGAAUGUUUAAGAAUAAAAUAAUAUCAUAGUGUAAUCAUAUUGUUAAGUAAUCCUAAUAAAAUGUUUUGAUGUUU